CAGAACGACGCGCCUCAAGAGAAAGUAUCCUCGUUCGUUGGAAGUGACACUGUGUUGCUUAUCUUACACGAUCGUUUCCUGGAUGACAGAAAAAAGACAGAAAGAAAUUCAAAUACUAUUUAGACUUCCCGUAUCGUAUGCGGCAACGUAUCUGCGAGUGAGUGGCGAAUGAAAUGGUAGCACGACAGAGGGGCCACGUGUUAAUGUUUGUAGUACUAGUUUGUUGACCACGUUUACGUACUUUCUGAUAUCAUCACAGACAUUGGUGUGUAUGCGGCACUAUUGGAAGUGGGAACAAGUAUUUACACCUCAAUUCGCAGGAAAAUUGGAUAAUUAAAGAAAAUCCCUCAGAAAACUGAAAAUAUCCUCUGUAAAACCGAGAAUGUCGACCAUGUCUGGCAGGUUAUUGUCUGUGUGUACAUCGAUAGGUUACCAUAUUCUGUUAAUGCUAUAUCUUGCAUCACAGUGCUCAAGUAUACCCUUAGGACCAGCUCGAUUAAGUGAUAUAGAACAUAAACGAGGGCAGGCAUAUACUGUUACAACUACCCAACACCCAAAACAUUUAAUACAAUAUUUACAAGAUUUAGUUAAUAUGAAUGAUGGUCAAGAUCCAUUCUUUAGUUUUCCAACUAACCAGCCUCCGCCUAAAAUACCAACGUAUCCUGAGAUACAAGAAAACGUAAACAACCUGCCAAAUUUUAUUCCUACAUACAGUCCAUUUGGUCCAUUUGAAGUAACUUAUGAACCAACAGCAUACAACGACAAUUCAUUUUAUGGCAACUCAGUGACAAGUUCAUCUUUUAUAGCAGUUGCUAUAGCGAUUGUUGUGAUACUGAUCAUCAGUAUUGUGGUGACUAUUUAUGCCAUCAAGGGCCGGAGAAGGAAUAUUAUUAUAAUGACGAUACGAAGAAAUGGACGCAUGCUUGACAGAGAAGGAGAAUACUUUCAAACAUUAGCUGAUGGAGACAGAUCACUACUGGUACAACCAGCUCCAAUUGUGUACAUGCAAGAUGGUCAAGCAUCCACUCCACCGACCCAAGUGCCUGAGCCUCCACCAUACACAGAACACGAACAAGGAGAAACUCUUCUGCCAAAUGAAAUGCCCCCACCAUACACGGAAGCUUCAGGUUCCAGUACGGAUAACCAACCAUGUGAUUAACACUUGAUGGAAGAAUGAGUUCUCCGUUUUAAUUUCUAUAUAUCACUAUGCCAUGGAUACCUGUAGGCCUAACACCCCACCUUGUUCUCACAGCCAUGUAUUUGUGAAGGGAAACUUACUGCGAGAAAACCAUGUUUGUUUGGUUCAGCGGUACGCUGUGUAAGAUGUUAGAACUUCAUGUUCAUUGUGCAUAGCAUGUAGUCUGUACUCUCAGCAGGGCCAGACUGUCAUUUUGCUAGGAUCAAAGCAUGUUCAUGAGAAACAGUUUUAACAAAUAGCAAAUUUGUGUUUUUUAAAACUGAUUAUUACAUUAAUUAUUUGAUGAAUGCUGAAAUCAAAACUCUCUUGGAAAAUGCCAACAAAUGUUGGCUUUGCUGGUGGAGGCGCUAACUUCUGAUACAACUUGGAAAACUGGCUCUGUGAAAAUUGAAAUGCGCAAAAUUUUCACUUGCCCUAACUUGAAAAUAAUUCAAAAAUAUUCACAUAUCUGGACAUAUUUUAUUAAAAUGAAAUUAAUUUUAUUCAUUGUUAACCAGUUGGUAUAUUGGUGUUUGUUACAAAAUGGCCGACGAGUGGCCAUUUUGCCUUAUACCACUUUCUCAGACUACAUUUGUAAUGUAUUUAUAUACAAGCAUACUAAUUCAGGCCUUUAACUUCGUGAGCUUUAUCAAAAUUCAUAAU